AUGUACUUCUUCCUCUCCAACCUGUCCUUUGUGGACAACAGUUUCAUGUCCAACACAGUGCCAAAGAUGCUGGUGAACAUCCAGACUCAGAGUAAAGUCAUAACUUAUGAAAGUUGCAUCACUCAAGUGUACUUUUUUGUACAACUUAUAAUGUUGGACAACUUUCUGUUCAGUGUGAUGUCCUAUGACUGUUAUGUGGCCAUCUGCCACCCUCUGCAUUACACGGCCAUCAUGAACCCCCAGCUCUGUGUGUUGCUGGUUCUAGCAUGCUGGAUCCUGAGUGUCCUAAAUGCUAUGUUACACAGCUUAAUGGUGCUACGACUGUUCUGCUCUGAUUUGGAAAUCCCACAUUUCUUCUGUGAACUUAAUCAAAUAGUGCACCAUGCCUGUUCUGACCCAUUACCUAAUGAUGUGGUGACAUAUGUUGCCGCUGUGCUGUUGGCUGUUGGUCCCCUUGCUGGCAUCCUCUACUCUUAUUUUAAGAUGAUUUCCUCCAUAAGGGCAAUCUCAUCAGCUCAGGGGAAGUAUAAAGCAUUUUCCACCUGUGCAUCUCACCUUUCAGUGGUCUCUUUAUUCUAUAGCACAAGCUUAGGUGUGUACUUUAGUUCUGCUGUCACUUAA